AUGAACUGGUUUCAAGCCAUCCAUGUCAAGCUUCUAGCAACAGACUUCCUCUCCCUCACUGUACACAACCCCCCUAACUAUGCUCCUACCUUUUUAAGGAGAGGUAUGAAAGUUUGGCGAGUAGAGACGGUUGGUGUCGUGGUCAGCAAGGAGCGCACCGGCGACUAUCUCAAGUUCUUUGUCGACGAUGGGACCGGAUGUAUACCAUGCAUCCUCGACGUCACUGACCGUUCGCAUUUGGGCCUCGCUGCUGAAGUGGAGACAGAGAUUGCUCUCAGGGAGGCUGCGACUGUGGAGCUGGGGAAGUUAGUGCGAGUCCGAGGCAUGAUCAUGCUGGGGGAGGAGGAUGGACUGCAUCUUAAGGUGAGGGAUGUGGUGGUAGAACGCGAUCCCAAUAUGGAGGCACUGCACUGGAUGGAUUGCAUCCGCUUGGCGAGGACUUGUUAUGAUCGUGUUGCACGACCCAAAACGCCGGCUCUUGCUCUUCCAUCGUAUGAUAUGCAAGCUUCUAUGACCGUCAGUAUUGUAUCGUGUUAG